AUGAGAAGACAUGUGUUCAUUCAGAUAGUAGACGCUCUCUCAAACGUCUAUCCGUAUUUCCAACAGAAGGUUGAUGCAACUGGAAGAAAAGGCUUGUCGCCACUCCAGAAAUGUACCGCUGCGAUACGGAUGUUAGCAUAUGGCGUAGGAGCUGAUGCUGUUGAUGAUUAUGUGCGCAUAGGCGAGAGCACUACAAUUGAAUGCUUAGAAAAAUUUGUUGAAGGUGUCAUUUCGGUGUUCAAGGAUGAAUACUUGCGAAAACCCAAACCAAAUGAUGUACAACGCCUGCUACAAAUGGCGGAGGGUCGUGGCUUCCCUGGCAUGUUGGAUAGCAUUGACUGCAUGCAUUGGCAAUGGAAAAAUUGUCCAAAGGCGUGGAAAGAUCGUUCUCCAGUGUUCGAUGAUAUUCUAAACGAUCGUGCUCCGGAGGUAAAUUAUACUAUUAAUGGUAAUAAUUAUACUAUGGAAUACUAUUUAGCAGAUGGUAUUUAUCCUGAAUGGGCCACAUUUGUCAAAUCAAUCUCAAAGCCACAAGGGGAGAAACACAAGUUAUUUGCAUAA